AUGGGGCCCGGCUGGCUGGUGGGCGCGCUGCUGCUGCACGUGGGGGGCUCGCUGCCCGGCAAGAACUAUUCAUUGUCUUAUACGAGGCAGACCCCGGAGUGCAAAGACCCAGACUCUGAAUUCUUUGAAGAAAACAUUAAUAAAUGUUGCAGCAAAUGUCCUCCAGGUUACCGUGUGCUUCAAAGCUGCAGUAGCGGUGCUGACACAGAAUGUGCACCAUGCGAGAGAAAUACGUAUACAGCAGUCUGGAACAGAGCUCGGCGCUGUCUUGCCUGCUCACCCCGCUGCAAUACCGGAUUCGUGCAGACUCAUGAAUGCACAAGGACCCAAGACAGAAUCUGCAGCUGCUCAGCCAACACCUACUGUGCUUCAAAACAAAGUCACGGUCGCUGCCUGUUGUGUAAAGCACACAAGACAUGUAGAAAAGGCUAUGGCGUUUCCAAACCAGGAACGAACAUUACGAAUACAGAGUGUUUCCCCUGCCCCCCCGGCACUUUUUCAGAUGAAGAAUCCUCAACUGCCUCCUGCAAACCGCACAGAGUCUGUCAAUCAGUGUCUGUUGAAGGAAGCAACACAAGUGACACCGUCUGCGGUGACUCCGAGGUAGAUGUUGCUGUCAUAGCGACAUCUCCUCACACCACCACACCCAGCACUGGCCAGCUUACAGCAGAAAGCUCCGUUUCUGGAACCAACGAAAUAAAAACCAAUGCCGUCCAGCAAGGCCUUUCUCCUGAUGUGUCUCAGACCAUUGGUAUAAUAGUAGGAUUGACGUUUCUAGUACUCAUCGUAGUUGCAGGGGUUGCCUGUUGCAUUGUUUCUAGAAAAAAAGCUCCAGAUUUGAAGCAGCCUGACAAAAGGCCACGAGAUACAGGAGCACAGAGCGCCAGCAGUCCUAAGCAGGAGGAGCAGCAUCUCUUAGAAACUCCUGGGUCAAGCAGCAGCUCUUUGGACAACACAGCUUCAAGAAUCAGUGUAAUAAGUAUUAAGAACACAGAAAAGAAAGAAACCGAGGGAACUCAGCAGAGACGUAUGACCUCAGAAGGUUGUAAUCAUCACAGUGGAGCCAGACCCGGCUCUGCAAGCUCAGAGCAUUCUGCUAGUGGAGGAACGCAGGUGAACGUAACUUGUAUUGUUAACCUGUGUAAUUCAAACCACAACCCACAAUUUCCGGAACCGACCACUUCAACCACCACGGAUUAUGAAAACGUUCCCUACUGCACUCCAACAGAGGAAGAAAUUCCCCUUUCUAAAGAAGAAAACCCCUUGAAAAGAAAAUCUGAAAUUCAAAUCUCAGUGGAAGCUGCAGAUAGUUUACCUCCAAGCUUACUGUUUCCAGACGGAAAGCCAUUUCCUCUGAGUGUUCAAGAUGCAGGGAUGAAAAAUAGCUAA